CCUUACCCCCCUUACGGCGGUCACGCCAGUCACACACUCGCUUGUUCAGCCGAUGUGUGCGCAUCGCUGUACCAACAGCCCAGUCUGCUAUCGUGAGCGACAGUGCUUGCGACAGAUACGCCAUGUCACCUGCUUGCUGCAUGAAACGUAAGCGCCGUUUGCAAGCUUCGCCUCAGCAGCGUCUGUUCAGGCCUUCAAGCUACAAGCCUGGAAAUUUUCACGGCCACUUCGGUGUAGACGAAGCGCGUGUAGAUAGACACGCUGGCUGCAGGCCUGCUGCUUCGCCUUCCCAGCGCCCCGAAUGGAAUGACAGCACCAAGGUCUCGGCUACCUUUGACAACCUCUGCAAGAAAGAGACCCACAAAAAAGAACGUGCUCUUACCAAGGCACAUAGGAAGACACGACGGGGUGCGGAGGCUCGGGUGAAGAUGGACCCAAAUGGAGAAGCGACCAAAUCAAGUACGCCCUACGGGUUGGCCCCCCUCAAGCUCCCGGACUACUCGUUCCUCUUCAAGCCAGUGUGCUUCUCCCCUGACUGUUCUGACGCCGACGGUCAUUUUCAGUGUUGGCCUCUAAAAAGGGCUCGCAUAUUGUAGCAGCCACCUCAUGGCGCAGCCCUUUUAAUUGACAUCUGUAUGCUUACGCGUUUUUAGUAUUCAUGUUAAGAGAAAUGUGAUUUUAUACCUGAUUUUACACAUGA